AUUUGUGCCACAAAUGCUAAAACGUUAGCAAUUGGAAACCAAAUCAUACCUUGUACACAGACUUCUUACAGGGUAAGGAAACCAACUGGUAAUUUUGUAAUUUGGGUGAACUAUCCCUUCAAUUCAGCUCUAUGAAUGUCUUCCGUGCUAUAACAACUUUACCUUUUCCCGACUUUCGUUCAUAUGAGCUGCAUUGGGAAUUUACGAUUUUUAGAAGGCUGUUACACAAUCAUGGAGUAUUUCGUUUCAGGGUCACCACCACAAUGGAGAUGAGAUACUGGAAAACACAUGCUUUAUUCACCCUCCCAGUCUAUCAGGACUGUCAGGUUUAAGGAAGUGAGAUUACUGGGAGGCAGUGUACCAUUAAUGCCCAGUGUAGAAGUAGAAUUGGUUCAUCCAUAGUGUGGCCUUUGCUGCAUCAAUCGUCAUGAGGAGGCCUCUGUUCAGACUGACCCAGGAGAGAGUGCUGUCCUUGUGGCAGAGAGAGAGCAGAACCACCCUGGCCCCUGGUGCUCUACGGCAACUCCACUCCUGCUCAGCACUGGUCUACAGAAAGCACGGACAUCAGUAUGACACAGUCAGAAUGGAGGAGAUGUCCUUGCCAGCCCUGGGUCAACACAGUGUCAGACUGAGGAUGUUGGCAGCACCAGUGAAUCCAGCUGAUAUUAACAUGCUACAAGGCACAUACCCAAUCCUUCCAGUGUUUCCUGCUGUGGGUGGGAAUGAGGGAGUGGGGGAGGUGGUGGAGGUUGGUAGGAAGGUCACCUCUCUGAGACCAGGAGACUGGGCCAUACCAUGGGAUGCCGGCUUUGGUACAUGGAGGACAGAGGCAGUGUGUGAGGCUGAUGACCUUCUCCAGGUCCCCAAGGACAUCCCUCUGCUGGGGGCUGCUACCAUUGGGGUGAACCCCUGCACUGCCUACAGGAUGCUGCAGGACUUUGUUACACUCAAACCAGGGGCCACUGUGAUACAGAAUGGAUCCAACAGUGCAGUGGGUCAGGCUGUCAUUCAAAUAGCUGCUGCCUUGGGGGUGAAGACCAUCAACGUCAUCAGAGACAGACCCAAUAGACAAGAGUUGGAGGAGGAACUAAAAUCGAUGGGAGCUGAUUUUGUUAUCACUGAAGAAGAGCUGCAAUGUCUGGGUCUGGAUAACGUAAUUCAGGAGCUCCCAAAGCCCAUCCUGGGUUUGAACUGUGUGGGAGGCCGGAGUGGUGGACUUGUCCUCUCUAGUCUUUGUGAUGGGGCAACAUUAGUGACAUAUGGUGGGAUGGCCAAAAAGCCUCUCCAGAUUCCAGCUAAAUCACUCAUUUUUAAGAAUAUAACAUUACAAGGAUUCUGGAUGACGCAGUGGAAAAGAAGCAACAGUAAAGAUGUGAUGCAGCUACAGGCCAUGGUGACCUCUGUGUGUGAUCUAGUGAUGUCUGGCCAGCUCCAGCCACCUCAUUGUGUCCAAGUUCCCUUCCACCACUACAGCCAAGCCCUCCAGGCCACAGUACAGGCGCAUCAAAGGAAACAUGUACUACUCAUGUAGUCACAAGCAAAACAAAAACAGUAUCCUCCUUCAGGGAACUUUUUAUUUUGCUUUCUUUUGUCAUUUUUAUUUAUCUGUGUCUGUUGCAUUAUACCAAAUGAGCACACACACCAAAAAGGAGUAAUUAUGCAAUUAUUUACAAAAUGUUUAGUGGUCAUUUUAGAAGCUGUAGAACAUAUAGUAUACAACAACAAAAGGGACAUCUUUCAACAGCCGUAUUUACAGUAUAAAGCACAACAUAAGGGCAGGGAGAGGGUAUACAAAUCACAUCGUUUAGCACAGUUCAUACAGUACAGUCAUAUCUGUAGUUAUAUCAUUUUUGCUUUCUAAAUUGAAAUGUUCAGACAUACACAUUUAAAAUGAUUUUAAACCGUUUCCUCCAUUGAAAGUAUCUUUUGAGAACCACACUGUAAUGUUAUUAGGAAGCAACCUGAAAUGCUAGUUUAGGACCACAGCUUGAGAACUGAUGUUAACAAACACCUUUAAAUAAAUGGACUUUAACGCCA